CUCAAAUCAGACCUCAGAGGCAUGACUAAUUCGUGUCAACACUUUGUGGCGGGUAGCACAUUCCACGCCUGAGGACUGAGUCAGUCCUCAACUCAGGAGAACAUCUUCGGCGCUGAAUCUCUGUCUGCUACCACACUCGGCGGCGUGGAUUCUGCUACCGACCAACGACUGCCGAGUGGAGGGAGCGUCGGGAAAGCUAUGGAAAAUGGAAUCUCGGGAUAAAAAUUGUCCCUCUCGAUGAAUUUUAAUGAAAGCGUAGAGCUUUUCAAGCAGGUGGCUAUCAUGAAAGUGGAACUCCAAACAGGGAAAAAGCAGCAAAUGGAAAGUCAUUAUGUCAAUGCUCCGGUAACAUAUGUAGUGGAAGAGAAUUUUGAAGGGCGCUUCCACGAUCAUAAUGAUCUAGCACUUGCCCAAACUCUUCCAGAUCAGUUUAAUGUAGUUAAAACUUCAAGCAGCACUACCAUGGGAGAUCGUGAUGGUAGACUUCUGAGACAUGAAAGUUCUUCCCAAACUGUAAAUGUCGACUCUCAGUUGCUCAUGGAUGAAGCGUAUGCCAGAGAACUGCAAGAAUUGGAGAAUCAACUUUCUUAUACUUCGCUCAACAGAACUUCUGGAACACGAACUGCUUACUCUGACUCUUCUCUUUUGGGAAAAAACAAAGAAGUUGCUCGUGCAGAGUCUUGUACAUCAGGCAGUAAAGCCACAAAUCAGGUUGACGAGCAAGAUGAUGUUGAACCAGAUAAUAUGACUUAUGAGGAAUUGCAGUCAUUGGGUGAAGUUAUUGGUGCGGAAAGCAGAGGAUUGUCUGAUGAGCUUAUAUCCUACUUGCCAACUUCUACAUACAAAACUAGUUUAUUUUCUAAGAGAGAGAAAAAUGAAGAAUGUGUGAUUUGUUAUAUGGCUUACAAGAACAGAGAUAAGCUGAUCACAUUGCCCUGCCAGCAUCAAUACCACCAAGGAUGUGUCAGUCACUGGUUAAAGAUCAACAAGGCAUGUCCAGUAUGCAAUGUGGAAGUAUUUGGAUCAUAGUGCGACUUUGUUUUCAUAGGCUGAUAGCGUUUGGCGCUGAAGUACCCUUUUUAAGCAAAAUUUGUAACUAAAGUUAUGUAAGUUAUAAGCCAUAUUUCUCCCUCGGGCGUUUCUGUGUGCAUGCACCUUUAUUGGACAGACUUGUUAUGUUUCUAGAUUCAACAAACAGGUAUGAAUUUAUUGGAUUAUGUUAAUCGCUUUUAUAGUA